CUUUGGCACCCAAGCACGCGAUGGUUACGACGAAGACCGUGUACGUCUCCUCGCGGAAGAGCGACCUCGCGCUGUACCAGACGCGCGAGGUCAUCUCGAUGCUGCAGAAGCACUACCCGGACGUGACCUUUGAGAUCGGGCUCCAAGACACGAUCGGCGACCAAGUGCUCGACAAGCACCUCACGCAGGUGGGUGGCACGGGCCUCUUUACCAAGAGCUUGGAGAAGGAGCUUUUGGCCGGCCGCAGCAGCUUCGCCGUGCAUUCACUCAAGGACAUGCCCACGGUGCUGCCCGAGAGCCUCGUCCUCGGCGCGGUCUGCGAGCGCGAAAGCCCCGAAGACGCGGUCAUCAUUCACCCGAAGCACAAGGCCAACGGCAUUACGACGCUUGAGGACCUUCCGAAAGACAGCAUCAUUGGCACCAGCUCGCUGCGCCGCGAAGCUCUCUUGCUCAAGCUCUACCCGCACGUCCAAGUCAAGACGAUUCGCGGCAACAUCCAGACGCGCCUCGCCAAGCUCGACAACGAAGAUGAUUACGAUGCGAUUGUUGUCGCGGCCGCGGGCUUUCGUCGCGGCGGUUUGGGCGACCGUAUCGACCAACUCCUCGAUCCGGUGGUCUUUGGCUACGGCGUGGGCCAAGGCAGCAUUGGCGUCGAGUGCCGGGGCGACGACACCGAGACGCUCGAGAUGCUGGCCAAGAUCGAACAUGAAGAGUCGGCGCAGUGCUGCAAGGCCGAGCGGUCCCUUCUGCGGACGCUGGAAGGCGGCUGCCAGAUUUCAAUGGGCGUCAACACGACCCUCGACGGCGACGAGCUCACGCUUUCGGCCAUGCUCCUCUCGCGCGACGGCCAAGAGUCGUUUGAAGAAACCAUUUCCGGCAACCGGUUCGAGGCCGAGAGCCUCGGCGAAGCCCUCGCCGACCGGUUGCUCAAGAACCAUGAGGCCCGAAAACACUUGGGAUCGACGGAGAAGAAGCGGGCGCUGACGUAUGGCGAUGUGGAAGCCCCUGGUGACGCGGCGGCGGCCGCGGCCGCGGCGGAGAAGAUCGAGAGCCCGAAGCGCAAGUCGGACGAGACGACCGUCGUGAGCCCAAAGCGCCAGCGCACAAGCGACGCUUAGAGCGCCGUGUUAGUAGUAGACAGUGAGACAAGGAAUAGGAAAGUGUAUACGCCAAUGUCUGUU